UCCAAAUUGUUCCUGUGUUUGUAGGUAUCAAAUUUGUAGGUAACAAAUAUGGAUUUGUUAUUAAGUUAUUCUCAACCAAUGCUCUCUUCUGUCAAAAUUUUCUUUGUCCUUUUUAGGAUAUCCGACAGAUAAUGGCAGAUACAGCAGAGGGGAAGGCGAUAUUGAACAGCCUGGAUAUCACCAGUGUAAUAACAAUAAAGGAGAGGCGUUGCCUGGUCCGGAUCUUGGUUUCUUAUCUAAUGGAUACAUUUGGAGAGACACCUACAUCAGAUACCAAAAGUGCACUGGCAUCCUCUCUGGUGCAAACAUUCCCCUGUCUCAAGGAUCCAUCUACCAGCGGCUGUGACACUUGGUAUGCCAAGGGGCGCCUGCAUCGGCCAGCCACUGGCUUUCUUGAGGAGAGGCUGAGGAACAUAAGAAAGAGUAUCAGGUCUGCACAACGAUCCCAGAGAGAAGAGGAAUCCAUGCCACGCCCCAUAUUCUUACCAGCCUCACCUAUAUGCCCAGAGAGGGCAGAGCAAAUGCUGGAAUGGCUGAAGAAAAAUUCAAGGCCUACCAACCAGGUGGAGGAAUACAUGCAGGCCACAGCAGUUUAUCGGGCUGAAUGGGUGAAAGCAAACAGCUCGAAAACCAUGCAGGAGGUCCUUCAUGAGUUCCCCAGACACCUUUGUCCUGGAAUGAUUGCUCAGGACUUCCAGACUCUCUAUGCAGAGGCUGCGCCGAAGCUCUUUGAGACCUGGAACAUCACCAUUGCCGAGAAAGUUCUUCGCCUAGCAAGACGAGAGGGGAAAUUGCAAUGUGCCACUGACUCACUGCCACAAGAUGUCAAGGGAUACAAGGCCUUGAGGCUGCUACCCAGCCUUUUGCCCCCACAAGCCUUCAAAAUGGGCAAAAAAAUGAUGCGACCCACAGUCUCUGAAGCCUUAAAGGCCUUUAUUGACCUUCAACCUGUUGGCAUCAACAUGGUUGAAUAUUUGAGGGAUGUGGAGAGCAGCCGACCAUAUCCUUUUGUUCUCGUCCUGGGAGAUGAAGGCACAGUCUCCCAGGCAUUUGUGAUUUUGGUCGGAAACGCCCUGGAAGAAAGCAGUGUCCUCCAUGCUGUGGAUGUUUGUUUCAAAAGCUUUUAUGUUUUUGAUGUUAAUUUCCCCCGCCCAUGCUCCUCCAUUUGGGAGUUCCUCCAAAGUGCCAUAUUUCAGUUGGGCACAAAAGCACCAACUCCUUCCAUGGCUUUUGUCAUGGCCAUUUUAGAAGCUGACAAAGUUUAGCUUUUGCCUUCAUCACAUAAAGCAACUGAGAGAGAGACUGGGAAGGACUGGGCGGAAACUGAACUGGGUCCCCAGUUUAUGGUGUAGUUGAAUUGUUCAUUCUGUUAUAUAUUUUUAUCUAUUUGUUCUUGGACAUAAUUAUUGUUCUUGUACAUAAUAAUUACAUUUGCUCUUGUACAUAAUUACUUUUUACUGUUUUUUCAACUUUUUGUACAUUUUUCCCAUUUUAAAUAAAUUUAAGAUUCAAGGUUCAAGAAUUUCUUCAU